AUGUCUUGGAGAAAUCAAUUAUCAAAAAGUUUAAAAGAACUUCGUAUACAUUUUUGUCAAACUUCUCCUUCUAGUAAAGGAGUUCGAGAAUUUAUCACAAAUAACUAUUUAUCAUUAAAAGAGGCUAAUCCAAAAUUUCCGAUUCUAAUUCGUGAAGCAAGUGGAAUAGAAGCUCGUUUUUUUGCUAGAUAUGAUUUUGGAGAAGAGAAAAAAAUUGCUUUAAAUAAUCUCUCAGCUAGAGAUGUUGAAUCUAAAUUAGAAGAAUUGGUUAGGAACAAACAUUACUUCCUACUUUGGUAUUUAAAAUUAAACCAACAAUUAAACCAUAAAGACCCAAUUACUUCAACAAAAAUCAAUAUUAAAAUCAUUCCUACAAAUAAUCUUUGUUGUUGUGCAUGCCCUCUUACACACUUUUGA